CGCCGUACGCUUCCUACUCGCGCGCAACCUUCACGCGCCUCGACCUGCCAUACUGCAACACAGGAAAUACACUGCACUUCUAUUCUACAACCGCUUAAGAUACGCGUUCGAAUUGCAAACGAUUAAAAAAAACACGUUCGAAAUUUAAAAUAAAUAAAAGACUGUUGUAUAUAUUUAUAAAAUUAAAUAAUAUUUUAAAGACUGGCUAUUUAUAAAUAUAAAAGUUUACAUUAAGAAUUAUAAAUAAUAGCAUUUAUUAUCUAAAUCUAUAUUUUUUAAUAAAUUAAUCAAAUACAAACAAAAUAUACUAGGCUUUUAAAUAAAUGGUGAUAAUUCUUAUACAGAUUAUUUACAUAACGUUUAAUACAGUGUUAUUUUUGAAGUGAACUAUAAGUUGAACGAAAUGGUUGUCGGUGUCAGUGAGAUGGAAGUUAUAAGUGCUCCGAAACCGGAGAGCACGUUCGGCAUGCGGCACGCGGUCAUCUUCCUUCUGUUCCUGGCGACGACGGUGUCGUACGCGACGCGCGUCAGCAUGAGCGUCGCCAUCGUCGCCAUGACUACUGAGAACGACUACGGCUUCCAAGUAUUCAAUUGGGAUCUGAGCAUCCAGAACACAGUCCUCUCGUCGUUCUUCUGGGGCUACAUCCUGCUGCAGAUCCCGGCGGGCAUGCUGGCUGGGAGAUUCGGAGGCAAGAUGCUCAUCUUCGGCUCCAUGCUGUGCACCGGCAUCGUCAACCUGUUUGUACCCUUGGCUGCUUCACAUGGUGGAUGGAUGGCCGUGUGCGCGUGCCGGAUCCUAAUGGGGCUGUUCCAGGGUCUACUAUACCCCAGUUUGCAUGGCCUCCUGGGCCAGUGGGCGCCCGCCACGGAGCGCAGUCGGAUGGGCACCUUCGUCUAUGCUGGUGCCCAGUUAGGCACAAUUAUCGAGAUGAUGACAGCGGGUCUGCUAUCCGCCAGUCGCUGGGGUUGGCCCUCCGUCUACUACGUCGCUGGAGUCACCUGCCUCGUCUGGUCCGUCCUCUGGUUCAUCUUCGGAGCCUCCACACCUGGGACCAGCAGGAUGAUCUCGAAGGAAGAGAGGAAAUAUAUCGAGAUGAAUGCUGGCUCGGCUGAUAUUAGCGAGAAAAAGAAACUGGCAACUCCGUGGAAGGACAUCUGGACAUCGCUUCCGUUCUGGUCGAUCCUGCUGGCUCACAGCGGGCAGAGCCUGGGCUUCUGGACCUUACUUACGGAGAUGCCCACCUACAUGAGCAAGGUGCUGGGCGUCGACAUCAAGAGUAACGGCCUCCUCUCAGCGCUGCCGUACGUGGCGAUGUACCUGCUGAGCUUCUUCUUCAGCUGGCUGGCAGACUUCCUCGUCAACAGGAACAUCGUCGCUCUCGGCACAUCUCGGAAGAUCUUCAACACUAUUGCAUUCUGGGGGCCGGCGGCGGCGUUGCUGGUUCUAUCGUACCUGCCUCCUGGCCACCUGUAUUUGGCUGUGGCCAUCCUGACUGUCUGCGUAGGCCUCAACGGGGGCCACUACGUCGGGUUCUUGAUCUCUCACAUCGACCUGUCUCCCAACUUCGCGAGCACGCUGAUGGGCAUCACCAACGGCUGCGGGAACAUCUUCUCCAUCAUGGCGCCGCUCAGCGUCUCCGUCGUUGUCAGGGAUGAGAAAAGUGCGUCGGAAUGGCGGAAGGUCUUCUUCAUCUCGAUCGCGGCGUACUUCCUCACUAACCUGUUCUACCUGCUGUUCAUGUCCGGCAAUGUGCAGUCCUGGAACGAACCCAGACCCACCACCACUAUUGAGGAUGGAACGAAGAAAGACAGCAACGCGACCAAAAACAAGAACGAAGGAGAAGAGAAGUUUUGAUUGACCAGAUCAUUAUUAAAUAAUAUUUAUUAAUAUUUUUAAUAAUUGCUACCAGUGUUAAUGAUAAUCGAUCGUGACACCAGAUUAAAGAUUUGUUCGAAAUUAUUUAUAUGUGAAAAUUAAAGCAAAAAUUGAUAUGAAUAGAACAAGAGGAAGUUGUGUUUAUAUUCUCAAUUGUAAUGCGUUCGAUCGAUAAUUGAUAAAGAACUAUGCGGGCGCACUAUCAAUUUGCGAUAGGCGUAAUAUUUUUUUACGUCGUUUAUUAUAGAUUUUCUCAGUCACUCGUACUGAAGCCUGUCAUGUUCAGACCGUACUUUGUCUGGCAAAGUAGUUAAUGUCAUCUUAGGCAUCCUACAAAUCACGUCAAGAAAAAAACCGCACGGGUUGUUCGCGUGACGUUUGAAAUUUUGCGCAAAUUAAAGCUUAUAGCAUUAUCAUGUUUGCAAUGUGAUGAAACAGACGUAUAAGGCCAAUGAUGAUGAUGACGAUGAUGAUGAUCAUGUAAUGAACGAUUGAUAUGAGAAACUUACAAAGCGACGUAGACCAAGUAUCAUACUAAUAAUAAUGUAUAUAUCAGACAGAUUCAUUGUAAUAAAAAAAUGAAAUGUAGAUAGCAACAUUAACAUAAAGAAAAUGAAAGACAAGCUAUACUUACUUUAGUAUAGAAACGUUAAAUAAUAUUAAGUUUAACUUGAAGUCACCUGUGAUACUUUUUAUUCUGGAAUUAUGUUGUACUUAUGUAUUUAAAUAGUGUUUCUAUUUUCUUAAUGUCCGUCCAAAUUCAAAUGAACGCUAAUUUCCAUGUUCACCAGUUAUUAGAUUUAUUCUGUACCAAAAUUUAAAUUCAGAACUAAGUACUUUAUUAUUGUUUGUUGUAUGAUAAAUAUAAUUAUAAAUUGAUGAACUUGGAAAUUACCAUUUGUUUGUAAUUUGCAAAUAAUAUGAUGAUUGCCAAGGGACAGAAGUGCUAUAAAUUAUUAAAGCACUAUUAUUAUUAUUAUAAAAUAUAAGUCUAUUUUAUUAAUACCAAGGGUGCUAGAAGUGCCAUAAUUUAUUAAAAGUGAGUUUUUACAUCAAACCAAAGAUAAAAGCUUAUCUAUUAAUCUGAUUUCUUUGAGUUCAAUCAUAAUAAUAUUAAAAGUAAACUAAAUGUUUUAUACAAUGAUAUUGUACUUAAUAGUUUUAUAAAACCAGUUUAAAACCAUAUUGCCAUACAACAAAGUUAUAGAUGUUCAAAUCAAU